UGGGAGUGGCUGUGCGUUCUCACUGUUCUCCUUGGGCCUGUGUGCUUUGUAGCUACGUCACACAUCUGAUGAAGCGGAUCCAGAGAGGCCCAGUGAGAGGUAUCUCCAUCAAGCUGCAGGAGGAGGAGAGAGAGAGGAGAGAUAACUAUGUCCCAGAGGUCUCAGCUCUGGAUCAGGAGAUCAUCGAAGUAGAUCCUGACACUAAGGAGAUGCUGAAACUUUUGGACUUUGGCAGUCUGUCCAACCUGCAGGUCACUCAGCCUACAGUUGGGAUGAAUUUCAAAACACCACGUGGAGCCGUUUGAAUCUUCUCUGUGCUGUAAUAUUUUAAUAAACUUGGGACUGCAGCC